GGGGCGGGCCUGCGAGAGGAGGCAGAUCUGGGCCCAGGCCUGAGGGUCCGAUCCAGUUUUGCCCGCGGCCGGGGGCGGUCGAGGCGCCGCGGUCCGGCGGCUCGCACAGCGGCUCUCAGGGCGUCCGGCCCUCCGGGGUGUAUUUCUGGCUGCCAUGGCCGCCCUCGGCUUGCGGGCCUUCGGGACAAAGGGGCUCGGCUGGCUCCGGCGCAACCCGUGGGCCCCGCUCUCCGCCGGCUUCUGCAGCAGGGGGCCCUGGCCGCGACCCACCAGCGCGCGGCAGCGGGAAGGCAUCAGGAACAUUGUCUUGAGUGAUCCAAAGAAGAGGAACGCGCUGUCAUUAGCGAUGCUGAAAUCUCUCCAAAGUGACCUUCUUCACGAAGCGGAGAGCAAAGACCUCAAAGUCAUUAUCAUCUCAGCGGAGGGGCCUGUGUUUUCUUCUGGGCAUGACUUAAAGGAGCUGACGGAUGAGCAGAGCCCGGAUUAUCAUGCCGAAGUAUUUCAGACCUGUUCUGAGGUCAUGAUGCUGAUCCAGAACCACCCAGUCCCCGUCAUCGCCAUGGUGAACGGCUUGGCCACCGCCGCCGGCUGUCAGCUGGUUGCCAGCUGUGACAUUGCCGUGGCGAGCGACAAGUCCUCUUUUGCCACUCCAGGUGUGAACAUUGGGCUCUUCUGCUCCACCCCUGCAGUUGCCUUGGGGAGAACAGUGCCGAGAAAGGUUGCCUUAGAAAUGCUUUUUACUGGGGAGCCCAUUUCCGCUCAGGAGGCCUUGCUGCACGGGCUGCUCAGCAAAGUAGUGCCAGAAGAGCAGCUGGAGGAAGAGACCAUGAGAAUCGCAAAGAAGAUUGCCUCCUUGAGCCGUCCUGUGGUGUCUUUGGGCAAGGCCACCUUCUACAAGCAGCUGCCCCAGGACCUUAGAACAGCCUACUACCUCACCUCCCAGACCAUGGUGGACAACGUGGCCCUGAGGGAUGGGCAGGAGGGGAUCAAGGCCUUCAUCCAAAAGAGAAAACCCAUCUGGUCACAUGAUAACGCAGCUGCAUUAGGGUUCUCUGAGAACCAGAACGAGUAGGACAGUUGGACAGACAGAGAUCUUUAGAAAGAGAUGAAUCAUGAGGAACUGGCUCAUGCCCUUGUGGCAUCUGAGUGGGUCCCACCGUCUGCAGUGGGCAAACUGAAGAGCCGGCAGGCCUAGAGCUGGUGAUGAAGUUCACGGGCGGAGAGCCACGUCCGAAGGCCUGAAGCAGGAGCUUCUCAGGGCAGGAGAAGACGGAUUGUCCGGGUUCCUGCAGUCACGCAGGAAGUGAGAGAACCUUCCCUGCCUCCUGCUUUUUGUUCCGCUCACGCCCUCAACUGAUUGGAUGAGUUCCGCCCAUCUGGGGAGGGCAGUCCACUUUACUCAGUCUACCAAUUCAAAUGCUGAGGUCUUCCCGGAACCCUCACAGCCGCCCUCCAGAAUUAAUGUUUAACCAGCUACUUGGGCAUCCUGUGGUCCAGCCGGGUGGACACAUAAAAUUAACCCUCACGGUA